AUGCUGCAGCACCAAGGUGACAUGCCACGCAUCUACUUCUAUUUGAGCGGCAAGUCUGUCCCACUGAAUGCAAUUGGUGGAUGUGGUUCUCCCGUUGGAACGAAAUGGAUUAUCUUGAACUUGCUACAGGAGGAGCACUACAUCGUCGGCGCGGCAACUUCAGCCUCCACGAAUUCGCUGCGCCGUUCAUUGGCGGAGAUGCAGGAGUUACCAGCGGCACUGCAACUAUGGACAGGAGGCAGUCCGCGUCUCUUGGUCUACAGCUUGCGGGUGCUACACCAUUUGCUCAAUGAAGGCAAUGAAUUUAUUGCAGAGCAGGCCAUGGAAGCGGUCUUUCAUAUCCUGAAGGACCAGCCGGCAGUAGCUAGUGAGGUGUUUCUGGCUAAGAAGGACGAGGCUGAGUGGCAACAGACAUGGCUGUAUCUAAUCUUGUUGGCACAGCUUCGCGUCCCGUGCCAGCGUGAGACGAUCCUGCCAGUGGGCUCUGCCGAGCACUCUCUGGACCUCUUGCUGGGCAGGCUGAACAUCUAUAUCAGCAAACCUGAGCAACCGAUCAACGGCAUGUCAGAUGCCUUCUACAUCUGUCACAUGAAGAUGAUUGACCAGUUUGUGCGAAAGCGCUACGCUUCAGAUUGUCGUGUGCAACUGUUUCUGGGUGAUGAGGGUACAAUAGUCCAAGAUGAGGACCUGCUGGAGCACAUGGUCGCACAACGUAUUGUUGUGCAAGCUUGCCUGCACCCACAAGGGUCCCUUCCCAGCUGGGGCGACGUGAUGAAACCUCUGCUGCAAGGAACCAAAGCGGAGCAACUUGAGGCAAAGCUUGAUCAAGGAUGUCCACUCAGCAGCUUUUCUAAGGUCACCGCCAGCGCACAGCCGCUUCAAAUGGACACCUCCCCGCUCGACCAGCGACUACUGCGUCCCCAAGACCUUGCAGCGGCCAUGCAGAGUUUGGAUAGCGGACGGCUGUACAGACCUGGACCCAAGUCCAGCAGUGCAGACCUCGUCAUCAAACACUCCAAGCUCACAAUAGAGGUGCAAGACAUAAGCGGAGUGUCGACUGGAGUCUCAUUCGCUGAUGUUUGCCAGGAAGUGGGAAAGUGCAUACAGCAGGGAUCGGUGCUAUGGGUGCUUGUUGCACUCAAGCUGAAUAAGUCGCUCAGUCACUGGGUUGGAGAGGCAAGGCCCUUGGUGCUUGAAAGCGGUACUUAUCAACAGGAAAAGCUCGCGGAUGGAGGGUCCGGUGGGCUGUUGUUCCGUGUCAAAAGCAAGGGGGAAUGGCAAAAGCGGAUUCAGCAUGGAGAAUGGCACGACGUCACAACAAAGAUACAACCCCAAGGCAAAGGAGAAACGCUUCAAGUGCGACCAGGGUUGCAACUGGUGAUCCCGCAUCCGAAGCAUGUUGAGGAGUUCCUCGGCGAGUCUGACUUUGAGAUUGUGAAGGAAUUGGCCCAGAAGUCACGUGACAGAACGGUCGACGACAUACCCUUCUUGAGCCGCUUCUACAACUUCCGGCAGCCGCCUGCGCAAGGCACGUCAGAAGAGAGACUUCUGGUUGAGCAAUUUGUAUCAGUUUCAGAGUUAAUGUGUGAGGUACUCGCUGGUUAG